GAGAGAUCUACACAAGGAGGCACCCACUGCGAUCGGCAGCGGCGAACAACAGUAACACAAGAUUUGAUCUCAGAAGAGGAACAGAUAGACUGCGUUCAAGAUCAGGCGUCCUUACCAUACCUACGCUGGUUGCGCGUGUCUCCGUCAAAGGAGCUGACGCCCGCCUUCCAUCCCAACGUAACGGAGUAUCGGCUGGACGUUCCUUACGACCAGCUAGUGCUGCGAGUUCGGGCGCGGGCCUUGUACUGCCACGCGGAGGCCCGGCUCGACGACCGGCUGGGACCCGCCAGGCCGAUCAACUAUACUCUUGGUCUGGGCUACAAUCGGGUGUCCGUGGUCGUUGUGGACAUUCGACACCCGGAGGCCCGGGUGGCCAAUGCGUACGUACUCACCGUCUUCAGGCGUCCUGAGAUCUCCGAUGGAAUCAGACGUUUCGACGCCGACCGGAGUUACGCCGCGUGCAACCUCAAGCAGAGCUGCGAGCUGAGGAUAUACCCUAGGGAACCUUGUGGUCUUCAGCGAGAACCUGAGGCGAGAACGUGGGCGUCCAUGCUACGACAGGCUGAAGAACUCAGAGUCUGCCACUCUGGUCACGAAAGUGGUCGCUGGGUGCUUCCCUGCGAAAAUUGUAAUAUCGCCGAAACAUGCUUUUGGAAUGAAGCUCGCUGGAUGCCCGUCAACUGCCGCUAUGCCGACAUUGCCAACCUCCCACUGCAGGACUGCCUUGCCGGAAAAAAGUUGCUAUUUGUUGGAGACUCGACGAACCGCGGCAUGAUGUACUACGUGCUGAUGCGAUUGAACGGCACGCUGGGUGAGUGGCACAAGAGCCACGGCAUCCUGCUGCACCGGCGGAACCUCAACGGCGGAAGGACAGACGCGGGUUUUGCCUAUUACCCGCAAUUUUGGUUGCCUACGAACCGAAGACCUCCCCUAGGUGCCACGCUCAGACAGCUUGUCAACGGGAUGACUCCAGUAGAGAACAGCGCCAGGACAGUGCUCGUCGUGGGAGGAGUGCACUGGAUAGGCGUGAAACACCUCACCUCACUGGCGGCUACGUUAAAAAGCCUCAACUUGGGGAACGUCAAGGUCAUCGUGAAAACAUUCGGCUCCGGUUUUCAUCAGAAAGCAGACGGGGUUCAUCAGGUGGCUAUGGAAGAUUUACAGAAAAUGGGUAAUACCAACCGAGACUUGAUUCGGCGGGCAAAGCAGUUACACAUGGACGUCGUGGACACGUACAAUAUGACCUCGGCCAGAUACAAGGAUUUCAUGCAAGGCAACUGCGCCUGCCAUUUUCACAGGGUGGUGAGCGAUUCUCUGUCCACGUACCGGAUUGAGGGUCCCGUGAACCAAGCCUACAGCGAUAUUCUUCUCGGUCGACUUUGUCACAAGCAUUUGCGUCGUUGAAGAGUCCGCAGCGAAGUCAACAUCCGCCCAACAGCAUCACCACGAUCUUUCAUGUACAUAGAGGUGACGGGUGACGCGUCUUGUCACCCGUCCAAGAAAACCUUCUUUUUAACGCAUGCAGUUGCAGUCACUUGUGACGAUCAGUGAAACUGUAUUUGCCGCUCACUCGAAAU